ACAACUCAAACCAAACACCGAAUCCGACGGAAGAUCAUUCACCGCAAAAAUACUUGGCUACACAUACAUACAACCUAGAAAAAACACCAUUUUGAUUUUGUAAUCCUGAAUCGUAUUUGAACCUACAUCAGGCUCAGGGCUUCUAAUCGCAAUUGCAUCCGAGCGAGUCUUUUUGAAGAGUCAAAUUUCUGGCGCAAAUUAUUUUUUUAGUUGUUUACUGCAUAACUGUGACAGCAUCGAUUUUCGAGAAGGAUACUUUCUUGCAUUUGCAUCCCUUUCUUUGUAACUCGAUCUGUUCUCAUUUACAUUUGUUGAAGUUAGUAAAUCCGCAGAAAAGAAAAAUGUCGACCACUACCGAGGUCUUGUCCAGCGCUCUGGAGAAGGGGACUUGCACUUUGUUCGAGAUCGCGAACAUCGAGGAGGCCGGUGCGUUCUUGCAGAAGGCCCUUGCCGACAAGAAGCAGCAGGGAAAUGCAGUGACCAACGUGCUGAGCAAGCUUGCGAAGGAGCAAGAAGGAGCUUCCGAUUCUGACUCGAAGGCGAAGUUCGCUCUUUUGGUCUUGCAGGUCGUUCCCGAGUUGCUGGUUCUGACGGCUGACGCAAAACUGGCAAAGCCCGCGCUUGCGGUGUUGCAGGGCGCAGUGCAGGCCCGUCCGGCCCUGGCAGCUGCCUUCUUCCCGCUCAUCCUGAGUGCCAUCGAAAAACCACCCCAGAACAAAUGGAAAGUCAAGGUCGCAGCUCUGGAAGUCAUGGCUUCUGGUACGAGAAAUUUUUAAGAUUUUGCUUGUAGAAGAUGACUCAUCGACAAAAUUAUAAUUUCAACCCUAGCAACCAUAUCAUGGCUCAGCUCGAGUUAUUCGCAUUACCGUCUUGCUCUUGUCUAAGUCUGUGUAUGUACGUUGAGUACUAGAACACAAAAAAUAUUUCCACCAUCUUUCCAGGUCUUCUGUCCGCCUUGGCCGAGCACUGCCGCAAGCAGCUUUUGCACGAGAUGGCAUCCCUGGUUCGCGUGUUGGUGGCUUGCAGCAAGGAGGUCCGCAGCGAGAUCCAACAAACCAGCGCGAAGCUGCUCGAGCAGGUUGGCAAGAUGGUCACGUGCACGGAAAUUUCCGCGAUCAGUGACAAAAUCGUGAACUGCCUGAAGAACUUCGGGAACAUGAAGCUCGCGACCGAGACCCUGUACCAGAUUGCAAACACUACGUUUCUCUCGUACGUGGACGCGGCGUCGUUCGCCCUGCUGUUCCCGAUCGUGGAGCGUGCGAUGAAGGAAAAGACCUUCGACAGCAAGAAGAACGGCAUCAUGAUCAUCGGCGCCGCCGUCGUGCUCAUCGAGGACCCGGAGAUCCUGGAGAGCUACCUCGGGCAGCUGCUCCCGAUUCUGAAAACGCUGGCCUUGGACCCCACCUUCGAGAUUCAGCGGGAGGCCGCGAAGUCCCUGGGGUCGCUGGGGAAGAACCUGCCGGAUCUGUUGGAGUCGGACCUGAUUCCGUGGGCGCUGGACAACCUGCAAUCCACGCGUGGCGACUCCCACAACAGUGAAAACGAACGGACGGGGUCCGCUCACGCGCUCUCCGAGAUGCUCAACGUCACACUCGACAAGAGCCUCCUCGGUCGCGUCAUGGAAGAGAUCGUCCAGCCGCGCGCUCUGUCCGGCCCGUUGCCGGAGCAGCGGGCGGGGGCCUUCUCCCUCAUGGAAUUCUUGUGCAAGGUAUACUGAGUUUGAGGCUGAACAAUUAUAAGCUUCUCCGUUUUUUUUCCGUACAAUCUACUUCCUUGUUUCUGUUCUUGAUGCAAGUGCACGAUGUUGAGGUAAAAAACAAUGACAAUCUACAGUCAUGCUUUGCAGAUAAUCUUUUCGCCGGGUCCUCAUCGGCGGGAAGAAAUAAGUGUCACCAGCACGUCUAUAAAUUCAAAUUCAGGUUGACGCAUUCGAACCAGUGUGCAAGCAGUGUGGCCUGCAGUACGUGCUGCAGGGUCUGCGGGACGAGUCCACCCUGGUUCACGAGCACGCGUUCCAGACCGGUACUGCGAUGAUCCGCGAGUUUGGGGGCGGCAACGCCGACGCCUUUGUCUUCCCGCUGGCCGACGCGGUCCUGUGCUUCGACCAUCAGCACCGGUUGAACAGCCUGUCGCCGAAGGCCAUGUGCAUCGCCCUGUUCCGCCAGCUCGUGGAGCGCGUCAGCGAGUACCGCAAGUACGGCACCGACAUGAUGAGCAUGGACUGCUGCAGCUUCCGCACCCGCUUGGCCUUCGUCACGCUGCUGCAGAUCUGCCGUCUCGACGCCGACCCCGAGGUGCGGCGCCAGUCGAACAAGGUGCUCGCGGAGCAGCUGCAGUCGGUCCCGAAGACCAAGAAGGAGACGCUGGGGUAUCUGCUGGCCACGCUGCGCGCCAUCAUCACCAACAGCGAAAACACGGCCACCCCGAACGCGGCGAAAGUCCAGGCGGCGAACCGCUGCCUGAACGACCUGCGGGAGAACGCGAAAGACUACGAUUUCUCGGACGAGAAGUACGAAGCCGCCGACACCGCGCAGCACAACGCGUUGCGGUCCUUCGAUUGGACCAUCCAGAAGUGCGAUUCCCGGUUGAAGCUCGCCUUGGAGGGGAAACACCUCCGCGUGUGCGGGGCGCACCACCACACCGCAAAGAAGGUGGAGGACGAGGACCUGUCGCCGUCCAGCAAGCAGAAGGUGUCCCACGUCGCCGACGACGAGGAGGACGAGACGGAGUGGAAGGAGCUGGCGGACCUGACCAAAAAGGGUUUCGCGGACGCGCUGACGCCCCUGCAGCAGACCAUCCUGGCGUGCUACGUGCAGGAGUACCCGACCGCGCAACGCGCGUUGGAGUCCGGCGCGACCGCAGACUUGCAGCUGCUGGGCUGUGGUGCCGGGGUAGUGGAAGCCGAGAAGUUGCACGAAAAGGUGUACAAAAACUACCACCCGAAGGAGCUGAAGCAGUUGGAAAACCCGGAAGAGGUACUGUGCCACGUCGAGAACCUGAUGCUCAUGUACGGUGGCGGACACAUGCUUCUGAAGGACACGACGUUCGAACUGCGGAAGGGCAAGCGGUACGGAGUGGUGGGACGCAACGGAACGGGAAAAACGACGCUGAUGAAUUUGAUCGCCAGCGGCGGCGUCCCGGGCAUCCCGAAAACCAUGACGUGCAUCCACGUGAAGCCCGAGGUGCUCGACAAGCAGCUGAACACCAAGUGCAAGAAGUUUAUGGAGCAGGAAAACCCCGACCACAGCAUGGCGGAGCUGGAGGCGACGCUGCAGAAGGUGAUGUUCCCAGAGGACCUCUGGGACGUGACCAUCGGCGAGCUGUCCGGCGGCUGGCGCAUGCGGCUGUUGAUCGCGGGUGCGAUGAUGAAGAAGGCGGAUGUGCUGCUGUUGGACGAACCGACCAAUCACUUGGACUUCAAGGCGGUCAACUGGCUCUGCGACUACCUGGUCUCGCUGGACCAGUCCGCCAUCAUGGUGAUCUCGCACGACCCCUUCUUUCUCAACCGCGUGUGCACCAACAUCAUCAACUACAACAGCGGAAAGUUGGUUUACUACGAGGGCAACUUCGACGCGUUCACGGCCAAGCUGGGCAUUAACUCGGACGACGCGGAGGCGCUGCUGGCCGGGCAGGUCGCGGUGUCGGAGAACGGUGUCGAGCGCGGCGCCGGGCCGGGUAUCAAGGAGGCCGACGCAAGCAGUACUGCCACUCCCACCAACACGCUGACGCCCGCGGUCUCCUCGAAUUCCAUCGCGGAGCUGGCCAACGGUGCGGCGAGUGACCGGUCCGUCAGCCCGCUGAAGCAAGGCGCAACAGAGGCAGCGGGGCCGCUUAAAAAGGCGCUCUCCACGGGCACGCAGCUCUCCUCGCUGGCCGGCGAGUCCGCAGGCUCCACGGCCAAUCUGCAGGCCCUGGACAGCGAAGAGGACAGCGCCGCGCCCGGCGCCGCGGGACCCGACCGCAAGGCGAAGAUCGUGUUCCCGAUCGCGGGGAAGGUCAAAGGCAUGACGUCCUUGGCGAAGCCGGUGCUGGAGAUCAAAGAUCUGACCUACGCGUACAACGAGGAGAAGGGGGACGUGAUUAAGGGUGUCUCCGCGAAGAUCACCAUGAACUCGCGCAUCCACAUCAAGGGUGUGAACGGUGCGGGGAAGACCACCUUCAUGAACCUGAUCUGCGGCGAAGUCCACCCGAACGCGUCCGCGUGCGCGCAGAAGGGGAAGGUCGACCGCCACCGCAACUGCCGCCUGGCCUACAUGGCGCAGCAGCACAUGCACCACAUGAGUGAGUACAUGGAAACUUCGCCCUACAUUUACAUCCAAAAGCGGUACCAAAACGGGUACGACGGUGCCUUGCAGGAGCGGUUGCUGACCCCGAAGACGCAGGAAGAGGCAGAGGACCGCGAGAAGCGGGCGAAGGCCCACGGAAAGUACGGAAACGCGCUCAAGGAGCUGGUCGGGCGCCAGCUGCGGGGCAAAGACAUGUGGUACGAGGCCAAGUGGUGGAACCUCGAUGACUCCAAGCAGAACACGUGGGUGAACAUGGAGGACUUGCGCAAGCUCGGCUGCGAGUCUUUUGCGUUGGCCUACGAUGAUCGGGCCGCGGCGAUCGAGGCCGGCCUGGAUCAGCGACCCCUGACGCAGCGAGAAAUCACGAAGCAUUUGGAACUCUUCGGUAUUACCGAGGAGCUGGCGCUGAAUCGCAACAUCGGGAUGUUCUCCGCCGGGCAGAAAUCGAAGGUUUCCCUGGCAGCAGCGUUCUGGAUCAAGCCACACCUGGUAGCCUUGGACGAACCGACAAACUACAUCGAUAUGGAGACUCUGGACGCACUUACGGUCGCACUGCAGCGGUUUAAGGGUGGCGUCAUCUGCAUUUCCCACUGCGCCGACUUCGCGGAAAAGGUGUGCAACGAGACGUGGAUGCUCGAAGGAGGUGGCCUCAACGUGAUCAAACACGAUGAAAAGGAUGCAAAAAAGCCAGCGGCAAAAACUGCAUCUAAGAAGAAAUAAAGAAGCGAACUGUGCAAUGAAAAUGUAGUCAACAAGAAGGUGAAGAUGUACGACGAGUAAUAUCUAGACGAAAAUGAACAGGAUGAUUUAUUGAGGAGAAUCGCUGCAGAUCUAAAGUAGAUAUGACGAGCCAACGAAGACGUUAUUUUGACUUUUCACUUCUAGAGAAAAGUUUCGCGACAAACUUCAUGAUAGAUGAAAGCCAAUCGUACCUCCAUAUUUGACUUUUCGUCGAGAAAAGUUUCGCGACAAGAAUGAUAUAUAGAGAGCUGGUGUUUAUUUGUUGAGUGCUUAUUUCUACGUCUAUAGCUUCACUUACAACAUUUUCCCUACUCCAUUUUCCCUACCCGAAUACAACUACCCCUGACUAUGUUGCGUUGGUACGUCUGGCCAAGAUCGGCAAUCGCGACUACAGCACUUUCUUUUUUUAGAAAAAUGAUUUUCAUUCAACAUUUUCUUUGUACGCACACAGGAUGCUCAGCGCUUCUGUGGCAUACGUAAUAUGCACAGACUCGGCGGGGAUGGGUGACGAAUACGAACAGAUAGUUUUUAUGACUUGAAUUGUCGAAAACUCUUUGCGGGUUGCGAUCCUACGACUUUUUUCGUUAUCGGUGCAUUUUUUUCCGAAUUAGAAAAGUUCAGCACGACCUCAAUGACCUUGCACCUCGCAUUCCCGUAUAGAUGAAAACUAAAUAUCUACACGACAUGACACCAUCUACACUCCGUCCGUUUCUGUUUGGCACUGCUGAAAAUCAACCUCUCAGCUGCAGUAUGCGAACAAGUCCAUCAACUUUUCUAGUGUAAACUAGUUUGCGAGGCCGACAUCGCAUAAACAUUUAAAAUACAGAUGUUGUUGAGCUCUUUUUUACUUCUUCGCGAACCAUAUUGAGGACAUUCAUCGCGAUCGCCGCCACCUAGUUAACUUUUGCUUUGAUAGAACUACAAGCAUCUGCGACAACUUCAGCCUCUCCAUGGCUUGCUGCUUACAGCACUCGCACAGGCGAGCAAAGUAGCACGACAAGAAGUGGAGUUAAGGUUUGAGUAUGAACCAAACAAUAACAACAUCAAGCUCAAGCACGAGAACGACUAAAUUUACGCCACCAUAUUUUUCUUCUCCACGAAUAUCCAUAGUACAUAGAGUGCCUAGCGCAGUCGGCGGAAAAUGAAACCGCGGUAGGAGUUUCGAGUAGCAACCGCGACCACAUUGCCGGGUGAAACACUGCAAUUUUUUGAUUUUGGGGCAUUCAACACAACGGUACAGAUGGUAAAGGUGUUGACUCUGCCCCUCAGGAUUUUCAAUUGUAUGAUUUUCUGGCGUGCGUCCUCGCAAUUGCUACGUAGAAAUGAUAGGCUCUGUAUCGAGAUCGACUCCGACGUCGGUAUCGUUAUUCAUUGCACAGCUUGCGACAUGAUUACUAUUGUAACUGAUAGCAGCUUCGACUUUUGCUUCUACGAAUAAAGCGUCUCGAUUUUGCAAGAACCUACCAACAAAUUAACAAAAGAAGAACCAUGAAAUUAGAAAAGUUCAAAAAGUUUCUAGCUGCGGCGCCAGGAGGACUGCCACUCGGUGUAAGCCUACAGGAGGCAUCGAGAGGUGGAAAGGGCAAUCGCAAGAAAUCAACGCUUACGCUCUGUACAACUUUUCGACCAUGAUUGCAACACGACACCGAUGAAGGUCUUGUACGAUGAAAAAGAGAUAAUAUGAGAAAAAAAGGCUAAUGAAGCUCUUAGUACUUCGAUUAUAGAGAACGGAAAGUAUAUGGACUGAAAAUAACGGGGCCCCGAUGAUGCAACCGCGCAACGUAAUCCACAAACAAUUUUUUCUUCCAUUUCCUUUUCUGCUCUGCACCGUCAUGUGAGUGUGUCGUGUGCAGUGGGCCAAGAAACAAAUAUAUACGACGAGCUGCUUUUUCUAUAUUGCUAAGACAGCACUUUUCUCCUGGGGAUGUUCCUCGUUUUGAAGGAACAAAAAAGUUCUACAUCAAAUGUACUCUCAGUUUUUUUCGUUAGUUGCAUCCGCUUCUACACGCUUGAAGUUCACGUUUCCAUGUUGCGUCAGCUUUAAGAACAUGCGUGCGUUGUUUCGAAGCAACUAAUUUUCCGCUGUAUCUUCAUGUUUUUUCGUCAUAGAAAAUGCGCGUGCGCACAUCUUCAUCCACUAUUGUGCUCUCGGGAAGUUCUUCUUAUUGCGUAAUAUUGCGUGUACUAGUCGGCGACCUUGUAGUUGUGCAGAAGCAUUUAUAAUGGCAGAACAAGCUAACACCAGACUCAGCCAUCUCGAGUAGUACAGAGCAAUGCUUGCUGCGCCAGUAUUUUCGGGCCGCGUCCUGUGUCUGAUUGACGUCUGCUUUUUCAUCGCAGGCAGUUGAGAUAAGACUCAGGACUAUGUCACUAAUCUAUCCGACUUCUGCUUGCAAUUGCACGAGCACGUUUGGUUGCUGGCUCUUCAUCUUGAAAGUGGCCGGCAUACAGCAGUCGGCCAGGCGCAGAAAAUAAUUCUGCGCACGUGAUACAUAACGAAGCAUACGUAUCUGCUGGGUACUUUGUUGGCAUUUUCUCAUGCUGCUCCUGUUCCGUCA